CCUCGGCGUUCUACACAUUUUCCCGCCUUUUCUUCGCUGCCUAUUCCCCCUCCCCCAUCGCCCAUCUUUUUGACUCCCAUUUGUAAAUAACUGCCUCACAAGCCUGCGCACUCAUGUCAGUAAAAUACCUCGUUCGAAAGAGUUCAAUAUAUUACGUCACAAAAGCAUCAACUUCCGGGCUUUCUUUCUUUUAAAACAACAGGGUUUUGUUUGUUUUUACACCCCGCCCCCCCCCCGCCAAAAAUAGCUACUCGCUGAACUUUUAUUGUUUACUCAAGAGUGCCACUUUUUGUUCACACCGUGACAGCUGUGUGGGAGGCUGAAGUACAUCUGGUUAAUCUUAUCUAGUCGAUGGGCUUCCCAAAGGCAUUUUCUGGUCGGCUGCUGUGAGAAAAAGGAUGCUGGACUAGACGGGGCUGCUUGGUCUGAUCCAGCAGGAUUUUAUGCUCCUUGAAGGGAAAUUUAAAGUCUGUUAAAUUUCUGGGACUUGCCUCCCACUAUAAGAAAAAAGAACAAUGGGUGUGGUAUGGUGAGCGCUACCUUUCCAUCGCAUAAAAAGUACUUGUAAAACUUUUGCACUGGCUCCAUCAAACAUGUCAGUCUGUGAGGAUAUGCUUCUUUGCAAUUACCGCAAAUGCCGAGUCAAACUUUCAGGCUACGCAUGGGUCACAGCCUGCUCACAUAUUUUCUGUGACCAACAUGGCAGUGGGGAAUUUAGCCGCUCGCCUGCAGUCUGCCCUGCUUGUACCAGUGCUCUUUCUGGUAAACUGGAUAUUGUUCGAACAGAACUCAGUCCUUCUGAGGAAUACAAAGCCAUGGUCCUAUCAGGACUGCGACCAGAGAUUAUUCUGGACAUCAGUUCCAGGGCUCUGGCUUUCUGGACAUACCAGGUUCAUCAGGAGCGCUUAUACCAAGAAUAUACCUACAGCAAGGCAGAGGGUCACUUGAAGCAGAUGGAGAAAGUCUACACCCAGCAACUCCAGAGCAAAGAUGUGGAGCUGACUUCCAUGAAGAGUGAGGUCUCCUCCCUAAAGAAAGUACUGGAAGAAUACAAAAAGAAAUUCACUGAGCUCUCAGAGAAACUCAUGGAGCGCAAUCGGCAGUACCAGAAACUGCAGGGCCUCUAUGACAGCCUACGCUUGCGCAACAUUGCUGUGGCCAACCAGGAGGCAGGCCAAGAGCCUCCUAUCCAGCCUGUAUUUGGUUUCUCUUUGGGUAAUGCUGCCAGGUUCUCUGAGAAUGCAACACCUAUCCAGGACUGGCGUGGUGAUGGGGACUUCCAUUUCAAACCCUUCUUUGCUGCCUCUCCACCACUGGGCCAGUCUGGCAACAGCUUCUUUACCUCUCCUGGCAAUGGUUUGGAACAGCAAGCAGGAGGCAACAAGGCAUAUAAAAUUAAGAGAAUAUAAAUUGUAAUUUACGUUGACAAGUUUAGGCCUUUUUGAAUAUCCAGGUUAGGCAUGAAAUGCUUGUUGGACUGAAAUGCUCGUUGCAGACUUGAGGCUUUUAAAAGAACCCACAGGCCAGAUCUCAGUGAAGUCUAAUGUGCGUUAAAUUUCCUGAAAUCUCAGAAGUAGCAAAUUUUAAAGGAAGAGAGCCUGCAGUGAGGACUAAAGGAGUAAAUGCUCCAGUUAAAACCAAUUCCUUUCUAAGCUUCUUUCUUUCUCUCAGCAGAGUGUUCCAGUUGUUGCUAAUGGUUACUAUAGCCACCCGCACCUCUAGAUACUGUUGCAUAUAUGCUGUCAUUGUUCCAUUACUCAGCAAGAUUAAUUCCUGCCCUGCAACAUACGAUUAUGACUCUGGCUCUCACACAAAUUAUGAUUCCUUAAAGUGAAAUGUGAAAGCUUGCUUCACCAUGUCAUUUUUUUCUGGCACCAAGGCUGCAAUCUUACAUAUACUUACCUGGUAAUAAGGUCUAUUGAACUCUGUGGUGUCUGGGUACAGAUGUUCAGGAUUACAGCCUAAUUGUUUAAUUACUAUAUUGUUGCAACUAAUGUGUUAUGUGAUCUUUCCUCCCGAUUAUUGCUUUGAACUGCCACAUUUGUGUUGUAAUGUAAUGGUCCUUUUUUCUCCAAUUACGUGCAUAAACAUGUUUGCAAGCCUGUGUUUAAUUUGUUCACUGCUUAUUGAAACAGGUGGGGUUGAGGUUUUUUGUGGGGUGGGGAGGAAAAAUCUAAUAUGCCUGGUGUGUUUGCCUCUGAUUAGUGUGCACACACUUUUUGUUGGUACAUACCACUAUGAGCAGUUUUUGCUGUUAGAACUUAGGGUUGUAGCCAAUGCUAGUCCUACUUAGAGUAGAAUAGACAUGACUAACAGGUUCAUUAAUUCAAAUGGAUGUACUCUGAGUAGGACUAGCAUUGGAUACAACCUAAGUUCUAAUAGCUUUUUAAAGUUAGUCAUUUUAAAACAUGCUUCCUCAACCUCAGCCCUCCAGAUGUUUUGAAACUACAAUUUCCAUCAUCCCUGACUACUGGUCCUGCCUAGCUAGGGAUCAAGGGAGUUGUAGGUCAAAAACAUCUGGAGGGCCGAGGUUAAGGAAGCCUGUUUUAAAAUUUUAGGCAUUUACUAGACUUCAGAUGAGUUUGUAUUGCUCUGCAAAUCAGAUAAUUGGAUCCUUCCAGCCCCUUUGAUUCUAUGCAUUUUACCUGCAUUAAUCACCAUUUGAUUCUGUAUUCACACUUCUGAUGUCACCCUCACCAUAUAUAGAAUGGAGUGAUUAAGAUGCAUAAAGGGUAACUAGUCUGUAUUACCAUAAUUACAAACAUCCAUUUCUUGGGAAAGAAAGCAGAGGAGGAAUGCAAAAUAAAAAUAAAAUUUCACUGAGCACCCAAACACAACCUGUUUCAUGAUUUUUGCACAAAACCAUUGAAGUUAAUGGGUUUAAGCAUGCCCACCUAUGCAAAGGAUUGGAUUCUGUCUUGCUAGUGAAAACAUUUUAAUAUGAAAUAUAAAUACAGCAUGUAAUUUCAUGGCAUUUGUAUCGCAGAAACCUGUAAGCAAUUCACAUAAGAUACAGCUGAAAAUACACAAGUAAAAAUAUGACAAGCUUCCUUUUGAAUAGCUGCAGCUUCGUCUUUCAGAAACAGUGUCUCAGAGCACGUACAGAAUAUUUUCCAUUGGGCAGGGAACAAGCUGUUUUUAUUUUAUUUUAACGAAUAUAAGGAACGGCUGUUAUCUUUCAAAACACCAUCGCUAU